AUGGCUUCAAUUGGUUGGGUGCUACUACUCUUUAUUGCAGAGCUUUCUGCGCUAGCCACCUCCGGCGCUCACGGUGAUGGUAACUUCACUCUUCGCUGCCAGCCAGACCAGGCUGCAAGCCUCCUCCAGCUAAAGAAAUCCUUCUCGUUCUUCCACUACCCCAGCGCCCUUGAGUCAUGGCAGGAUGGCACUGACUGCUGUCUUUGGGAAGGUGUUGGCUGCAGCAACUCCUCGGGCCAUGUCACCGCUCUGGAACUCAGUGGGCAUGGCUUGUACAGUCAAGGCAUUAACCCUGCAAUCUUCAACCUCACCUCGCUCCAACUACUCGACCUUAGCAUGAAUUAUUUUGGCGAGUAUAGUCUCCUCCAAUUCAGGUUUGAGAGGCUGCCCUUGCUCACCCACCUCAACCUUUCCCAUUUAGGUUUUCAAGGCCAGAUACCUACUGGCAUUGGCGGACUUACCAAUCUUAUCUCCUUGGACCUUUCUGCUAAUUAUGAUCUUGGGGAUGUUUCCACUUAUGAUAUCAUCACUGGUGACAGGAAUAAUGUGCUCUACCUGCAAGAUCCCAACUUCAAGAUCCUAGUGGCCAACCUCAACAAUCUGAGAGAGCUCUACCUUGAUGGAGUGGAUAUGUCUAGCAGCGGAGAAUGGUGCCAUGCUCUUGCUAAAUCCCUUCCCCGUCUCCAAGUUCUUAGCUUGAGUUAUUGUAAGCUCGUCGGUCCUAUCUGUCCAUCCCUCUCAAACCUCCACUCCCUAACUGUGAUCAACCUCGAGGGAAACUUUGGUAUACCUACGGCUUUGGCUCCUUUUCCAGAGUUUUUCAUGGAUUUUCUCAAUUUAAGUGUGCUCCGACUUGCUGCGACAAAUCUCCAAGGUUGGUUUCCUCGUAGAACCUUCCAAUCGAAAACACUACGUGUUCUUGAUUUAUCCUGGAAUCAGGAUCUCUCAGGGCCUUUGCCCAACUUCUCCAACACAAGUGAACUUCCAGCAUCUGUUUUCACUAUUCCAACAUUGCAACGCCUAGAUAUUCGCUCAAGCAAAAUAUCUGGCUCUAUACAAGACAUCAAUGCAACAUCUUCACACUUGGUAUCAGUGGAUCUAAGCAGAAAUAACUUGAUGGGAAAUAUUCCCAAGUCAUUCUUUCAACUCACAAGUUUGGCUUAUCUUGAUAUUUGCUGGAAUAACUUAAUGGGUUCGGUGGAUCUUUCCUCGUUUUGGAGGUUACAAAAUCUCGUCCAUUUGGGUCUUUCCAACAGCAAUCUAUCAGUUACAGACAUAUAUGGAGAAGGUAACAACUCUCUUUGUACCUAUCUCCCUCGAGUUACCAGGUUGGAAUUAGCAAGUUGCAAUUUAACAGGAUUCCCAUGUUCAUUGGCACCCCUCAAUCAAAUGUCUUACUUGGACUUGUCAUGCAAUAGAAUCAGUGGUGCUAUUCCAAAGUGGAUAUGGUCAACAUGGAACAGUAGCCUUAGAUAUUUGAAUCUUUCACAUAACAUGUUCAGCAUUAUGCAAGUUCCUUCUUAUGUUCUCCCUUUCUAUAAGUUGGGUGUUCUAGAUAUCAGUUCCAACCAACUUCAGGGGCAGAUUCCUAUGCCAAGCCCGUCAGCAUUUUUCUUGGAUUAUUCAAACAACAAUUUCUCUUCGUUACCUCCAAACUUCACUCUAUAUCUUGGCUUUCAAUUCAAGAUUUCCAAAAACAAUAUUAGUGGACACAUACCAAACUCAAUUUGUGAUUCACGUACCAGUGUCCUUGACCUGUCAUUUAACAGCUUCAGUGGGUGGAUACCACCCUGUCUAAUACAAGAAGGUUCCAUGAGUGUGUUGAGUUUGAGGGAGAAUCAAUUUGAAGGUGUGUUGCCUAACAUUAUCAAAGACCGAUGUGUGCUUCAGAUAUUAGACUUGAACAACAAUAAAAUUGAAGGGCAGCUUCCAAAGACACUUACCAAGUGCUUGCAGCUAGAGUUCCUUGACAUAGGAAACAAUCACAUGGUAGGUACUUUUCCAUCAUGGCUGGGGGUACUUUCCGGACUCCGUGUGCUUGUCUUGAGAUCCAACCGAUUCUAUGGCUCAAUGGGUGGUGAUCUUCACAGCGAUGAAAAAUCUGGAGAAUACUUCUUUAGCUUGCAGAUUCUUGAUGUUGCCUCGAACAAUUUCUUCGGCAAUUUGAGUCCAGAAUGGUUUGAUGGGUUAAAAUCAAUGAUGAAUGAGUUGAAUACUACAGGUGAUAUUCUCGGGGAUAAUAAUUCAUCUGAUUCAGGGAUGGAAGCAGAAGCUUCAUAUCAAGAUACUGUUACUAUAUAUUACAAAAGCAUCUAUAGGACAUUUGAUAAGGUCUUGAGUACAUUAACGGUAAUUGACCUGUCGAAUAAUUCAUUUGGUGGCACCAUUCCUGGAUCGCUUGGGAGGCUUACUUCAUUACAUGUACUAAACAUGUCAGGCAAUGCCUUCACCGGUGACAUUCCGCAAGUAUUUGGCAGGAUGACUCAACUAGAAUCACUCGACCUGUCUCAGAACCAGCUUUCUGGUGAUAUUCCAGAGGCUCUAACAAAUCUCACCUUUCUUGGUAUCUUGAACUUGUCCAACAAUCAGUUAGUGGGAAGGAUACCCCAGUCAGGUCAAUUUGCGACUUUUCAAAACAGUUCAUUUGAAGGGAAUCUGGGGCUGUGUGGACCGCCAUUGCCCAACCCCUGUGGCAUUUCACCUGCUCCUCCAAGUACUGCGCACGCAGAUGAUUCGUCUCAUGUUGAUGUGGUCUUGUUUCUCUCCUCUGGGUUCGGCUUUGGCGUUGGAUUUGCAGCUGCCAUUCUGAUGAGGUGGGGCCGAAUCGGAAAAUGGUUUCUUAAAUCUGCAAGAGCUUUGAGGACUUGA